AUGAAUUCUCUUGAUCUUUGGAGCCCCCCAGAAACAGAAUUUUGCUUUGCUUUGGUUAACAAUUCAUGCUCUAGAAACGUGAGGUCGGUGCUGAGUGUGUGUGCCAUGUACGCUGUCAUGGUUGUGGCCAUAGUGAUGACCAUGCUGGGCAACAUGGUGGUGAUCAUUUCCAUUGCCCACUUCAAACAGCUCCACUCCCCCACCAACUUCCUCAUUCUCUCCAUGGCCACCACUGACUUUCUGCUGAGCUGUGUGGUCAUGCCCUUCAGUAUGAUCAGGUCCAUCGAGUCCUGCUGGUACUUUGGAGACCUCUUCUGCAAAGUCCACAGCUGCUGCGACAUCAUGCUCUGCACCACCUCUAUCUUCCAUCUCUGCUUCAUCUCAGUGGACCGCUACUAUGCUGUGUGUGACCCUUUGCAUUAUGUCACCAAAAUCACCAUCCCCGUCAUAGAGGUCUUCCUGCUCAUCAGUUGGUCUGUGCCCAUCUUUUUUGCCUUUGGCCUGGUAUUCUCAGAAUUAAACUUAAUUGGUGCUGAAGAUUUUGUGGCGGCCAUUAACUGCACGGGCCUGUGUGUGUUGAUAUUUAACAAGCUCUGGGGGGUGCUGGCCUCCAUUAUAGCUUUCUUUCUCCCUGGGACUGUAAUGGUGGGGAUUUACAUACACAUUUUCACAGUGGCCAGGAAGCAUGCUAAGCAAAUCAGCGCAGGUCCUAAGGGCAAACAGGUUGGGUCAGAAAGCAAAAUGAAGGCAUCCUCUAAAAAAGAAAGCAAGGCCACCAAGACUUUAAGCAUAGUCAUGGGGGUGUUUGUGAUGUGCUGGCUGCCCUUUUUUGUCUUGACCAUCACAGACCCUUUCAUUAAUUUUACAACUCCUGAAGAUUUGUACAAUGUCUUCCUCUGGCUGGGUUAUUUCAAUUCCACUUUUAAUCCCAUUAUAUAUGGCAUGUUUUAUCCUUGGUUUCGCAAGGCAUUGAGGAUGAUUGUCACAGGGAUGAUCUUUCGCCCUGACUCCUCCACACUAAGCCUGUUUCCUGCACAUGCUUAA